AUGGAGCAAACUGGGACAACUCGACGCCCGGCUCAUAGCUUCAACACGUUCAUCAAAACACGUAGUGAAGACAACUGCACGACUACGCUCUCCUCGCUGACUGCGGCCUCAACUCGCUCGCUGCGAGCACAUCGUUUGCGAUGUUGUCAACAGGCAAUGUGUCACCGCCGCCCUGACUCAGGACUUCUGAGGCGGGGUGCAACCUCAGCGGACGUCGCCAAUGAAUCGAGCGGCGAGUACGAGGUGAUGGCGGCGAGCGUGACCCGUUAUUGCUGA